GGAGGGAGGGGCGACCUCCGUCCUGCCACCGGGGCCAGCCGCGGGCUGCGUUGAGCCCGGUGCCACGGCGGAGCCCUUCGCGUUGCCUCUUCCCGGCCUUGCCCGGCUCUCGGGAUUCUUGCGACGAGGGCCCUGCGGCUGGGAGUCGAGACCGUGCCCGCUGAUUGGCUCUCUGAUCUCGGACAGGCUGCGUCCUAUCGUGGGCUUUAGCUACCUUGUUUGGAAGAUGGAGGUCGUGUUCGCGGUGACUGUGAGCUCCUUAAGGGCAAGAACCGACUUGCGUUAGUGUUAAACACCGUUGCCUGUCCCGCGCACAGAACGAGGACGAAGUAUAGGUACUCUGUGCCUACUUGAGUUGUUUUGGGUCCCAAAACCUUGAAAAUCUGGGACUGUAUCAGGAACCUUGGAACCACUGCCAACAUGUCUGACGUUCAAGAAGCCACCAACCAGCUCCUUGAUGUGAGCCUUCAUGAGAACCAGGAGUCUAUACAAGUGAUGGAAAGUGGCCCCAGAAGUGAGUCCGAGCAAUUCCAAGUCACUAUUGGAGCCACUGUACCUACUGGCUUUGAGCAAACAGCUGCAGAUGAAGUGACAGAGAAAUUGGGGUCAUCAUGCCAAAUCAGCAGAGACCGGGGCAAGAUAUAUUUUGACAUUUCAGUGGAAAGUCUGGCUCAGGUUCAUUGUCUGAGAUCAGUUGAUAACUUAUUUGUGGUUGUUCAGGAGUUUAAAGAUUACCAGUUCAAAGAAACAAAGGAAGAAGUUUUAAAGGAUUUUGAAGAAUUGGCUGGGAAGCUCCCAUGGUCAGACCCUUUAAAAGUAUGGAAAAUUAACACCAGUUUCAAGAAAAAAAAAACAAAGCGCAAAAAGAUAAAUCAGAAUUCAGGUAAAGAGAAGAUUGAUAAUGGACGAGGAGACAAGACUGAUGAGAGAGAUGUUAAAAAAGCGUUCACUAGCAAUCCCUUAGAUUCACAUAUCUUAGACUAUUAUGAAAAUCCAGCCAUCAAAGAAGAGGUAUCAACAUUAGUAGGUGACGAUUUGGCAUCUUGCAAAGAUGAGACUGAUGAAAGCUCAAAAGAAGAAACUAAUCCUGAAGUGCUGAAGUUUAGAGUCACGUGCAACAGGGCAGGAGAGAAGCAUUGCUUUUCCUCAAAUGAAGCCGCGAGAGAUUUUGGGGGUGCCGUUCAAGAGUACUUUAAGUGGAAGGCUGACAUGACCAACUUUGAUGUGGAGGUUCUUUUGAAUAUCCACGAUCAUGAAAUUGUUGUAGGCAUUGCAUUGACAGAAGAGAGUCUCCACCGAAGAAAUAUCACACAUUUUGGACCCACCACUCUUAGAUCUACUGUUGCCUAUGGCAUGCUCCGGCUCUGUGCUCCUCAACCUACUGAUAUAAUAGUUGAUCCGAUGUGUGGAACCGGGGCAAUACCAAUAGAGGGGGCUACUGAAUGGUCUAACUGUUAUCAUAUUGCUGGUGAUAAUAAUCCGUUGGCUGUGAAUAGAGCUGCAAAUAACAUCUCAUCUUUAUUGUCCAAGAGCCAAAUUAAAGAAGGCAGACCCUCCUGGGGCUUGCCCAUAGAUGCUGUCCAGUGGGAUAUCUGCAAUCUGCCAUUGAGAACUGGCUCUGUGGACAUUAUUGUAACAGACAUGCCAUUUGGAAAAAGGAUGGGCUCCAAGAAGAGAAACUGGAACCUUUAUCCUGCUUGCCUACGAGAGAUGAGCCGUGUUUGUAGACCAGGGACAGGCCGAGCUGUCCUACUCACUCAGGACAAGAAAUGCUUUACCAAGGCAUUAUCCGGAAUGGGACAUGUAUGGCGGAAGGUGCAUACUGUCUGGGUGAACAUAGGGGGUCUUCAUGCCGCAGUUUAUCUUCUGAAACGUACGCCUCAAGCUUUUGUUCAUCCUUCAGAGCAAGAUGGAGAAAGAACUCCUUGGUAAUGUAAAGAAUGAAGAUGAUUAAUAGCAUUUGUGCUUCCCCACACUGGAAAUGUCAGCAGGAAGAACUUGCUUUGAGAGAAAAAUAGUAUUAACAGAAGUGCAGUUUGCACUGUUUAAACUGGUCUAAAGCUCUUCACUCUGGUUAGCAAAAGGUGGGAAUGAAUGGAAUGGAAUUCAGUCUUAAGAGAAAGCAGAGCUUUUCUUUGGAGCUGUUGUGAAGGAGUAGCUGGGCAAUUCGUACUUUUCUUAAAAUGCUUUAAAGAUGCAAAGCCUACUAAAACACACUGGGAUUUGGGUUUAGAACAUUUUAUUUUCGGGCUUUUAUAGCAGUUCCUAUUUUCCAUUGUAGGUGGUAGAAAGUUACCCUGGCCUACUGGAAAGGCAGAGAACAUAGUCAGAGCAUCUUAGGCCACAUCUCAUUGCCUAUGCAGCUUUGCUAUUUAGUUGGUCAGGCUCUCUUUAUCAACCUUAAAAAAUGAAGCGUUAUUUUUGUGUUUGCCCCAUGACAAGAUAAAAUCUCACAAGACCUAGAGGAAAGCUUACCAUCUGCCUUAAACGUGUUACUCAGAUCAAUACACAGAACUCAGAGGACUAGGAUUUAUCAAAAUAAUUGCACAGAUACUUUACUGUUAGCAAUAUAGAAUGUUUCUAUUUAUAAAUAGCAGUAAAUGCAUUGGUUGAUGAAGUAUGGGACCAACAAGCCACAUUUAAAGAAAUUUUUCUUUCAGUACACAAGGUGGUGUUGCUUUUCAAAGUCAAACAAAAACUUGUCAAAGUACUUUUGUUUAUUGGUUUCUUAAAAGGACUAGAGAGCUGAUGUAUCUUUGAAAUAAAAAGUUUCAUGUAAGUUCUUUUGUUA